AUGGAAUCAAUCUUUCGAAUAGCCAAAUCUAUGGCAGCGAUCGGGAUAACUGUAGCUGCAUUGGCCCUAGGUGGGCUAUACACCUACCAAUCAUCCAUCAUUUACCCGUCUUCCAUGAAUGGUGCCAGAGCGCACGUAUCAACCCCAGACGAAUAUGGUAUGGAAUACGAGGCGGUAAAACUAACUACCCCUGACGGAGAAACCCUUGAAUGUUUCCUGUUGAAACAAGAUAUAACUAACAAUUACACCAACAAGACCAUUCUUAUACUUUCACCCAAUGCUGGGAAUAUAGGAUACGCUUUACCUAUAGUUCAAUUGUUGUAUGCUAGAUUUAGAUAUAAUGUGUUUAUAUAUAGUUAUAGAGGGUACGGGAAUUCCACAGGAACACCCCUGGAGAAGGGUCUCAAAAUUGAUGCUGACUGUGUCAUGGAGUAUUUGAAACUGGAUAAACAGUAUUCGUCAAGCAAGAUUGUGUUGUAUGGACGUUCGUUAGGUGGUGCUGUUGCUAUAUACAUUGCUGAAAAGUAUGGCGAUUUGGUCAGUGGGAUCAUACUCGAAAAUACGUUCUUAUCUAUACCCAAGACUGUGCCACAUGUGUUUCCUUUGUUAAAGUACUUUACGUUAUUUGUUAAUCAAAUUUGGGAUCUGGAGAGUUUAGUGCCGAGGAUCAACGAAAAUAUCCCUGUGAUGUUGAUGAGUGCAAGACAAGACGAGAUUGUUCCGCCAAGUCACAUGGAUGAGAUAUACAAGAAGUUACCCAGUGAAAUCAAGAUUAAAUGGAAGUAUGAGCAGUCCACCCAUAACGACACGGUGGUACAAGACGAGUAUUGGGAACGGGUUGAGGAAUUCGUCAAUGAGAAAGUAAAUUAG